AUGUCUCCCAACGCAAAAAAUGCGGUCGCUAAUGUCGUACAUCUUGACUCCGGUAGUGACGAUGAAGACGGAGCAGGAGGAAGAAGAGUGUUUCGGAGCUUAGCUUCUCUAAUGGAGAAUCGGCAAAUUCCAGGUACGGUCGCUGAUGCGACGGUGGGUAAUCGGGAAACCCUGGAGUGCCGGAGCUUCUGGAAGGCCGGAGAAAACUUUGUGAUCCCGAAUGUUGCUACUCCUACUGCUCCAGGACUAGGAAUGCUUGAGCAUGCUCGUGUUCAUCCCAAGUUUCUUCACACGAAUGCUACUUCACACAAAUGGACCUUUGGAGCAAUCGCAGAGCUACUUGACAAUGCUGUUGACGAGAUACAAAACGGUGCAACCUUUGUCAAGAUCGAUAAGAUUGAUAUUGUCAAGGAUAAUUCUCCAGCUUUAGUUUUCCAAGAUGAUGGAGGUGGGAUGGAUCCAGAUGGGAUCAGAAAAUGCAUGAGUUUAGGAUACUCAUCAAAGAAGUCUAAUACGACAAUUGGACAGUAUGGAAAUGGUUUCAAGACGAGUACCAUGAGACUUGGAGCUGAUGCCAUUGUUUUUAGUCGCUCAAUUCGUGGAGGCAAAUCCACUCAGAGCGUUGGCCUUCUGUCUUACACAUUCCUUAGAAUAACUGGUCAGGAUGAAGUCAUUGUUCCAAUGAUUGAUAUGGAUAUAUCCAAGGAGCGACCACAACCAAUUAUAUACGGAUCUUCAGAAGAUUGGGCUACCAACCUUGAAAUUAUACUCAAAUGGUCUCCGUUUUCCACAGAGGACGAACUUUUGCAGCAGUUUGAGGAUAUCGGAACGCAUGGAACAAAAGUAAUUAUAUACAACCUGUGGCUUAAUGAGGAAGGAAUCUAUGAGCUGAGUUUUGACGAUGAUGAUAAGGACAUUCGGCUCCGAGAUGAAGGUAGUGAUGGAAAGCGGUUGCACCAUAAAGAAUUGGAACGGAAAUCUCAUAUCUCAUACCACUUACGUUACUCUCUGAGGGCUUACGCUUCAAUGUUAUACCUCAAAAAGUUCAAAAAUUUCAAAAUUAUACUUCGGGGAGUCCUUGUGGAGCAGUACAACAUUGCUGAUGAACUGAGAUAUCCUGAGAUUGCAAAGUACAAGCCCUAUAAAACAGCUAUGAUUGAACAAGCUACAACUGAAAUCAAACUUGGAUUUAUAAAGGAGGCGCCAAAGAUUCCAGUUUGCGGUUACAAUGUCUAUCACAAAAACCGUCUCAUCCGGCCUUUCUGGAAGGUCACUGCGGAGGGGUCACAUCUAGGCCAUGGUGUUGUCGGAGUUCUUGAAGCAAACUUCAUCGAACCGCUACACGAUAAGCAAGAUUUUGAGAGCUCUUCUCUAGUCAACCGGUUGGAGAUUAAGUUAAAAAGGAUUCUCAAUGAUUACUGGUAUAGCCACAGCCACUUUCUUGGGUACAGUUCUUAUCGAAAACCUUGGGGUAAGUCGAAAAUGACGCCAGUACCUGAUCCUCCGCCAACUGUCAAUACAUUCACUCCUCCGCCUAGUGUCAAUACAUUCAGUCCUCCGCCUUCGCCUUCUAAUAAAGCUGGCCCAAUCAUACGUGAACUAAGUCUUAGUAAAGGCACGCCAGUCCUUAAAGUUGCUGUUCCACCGCCACAUGUGAGAAAUUCCAGAAACAACUUCGAACCAGUGGAGCUCAGCCCUCAACCUGCAGCAGCUACCGAGGAGGAUGCUGGAAACAACCUUGUUGGCAAGUCAGUGGACGAGAUAAGCGAAGAGAACAUACAACUCUUUAUGAAAUGCGAGGAAUAUAGAAAGACAGAGAAUGAUUUGGAACAGACGGUAAAGAACUUAGAAAAGGAACUGGAAGAAGCUAAAAGCAAAUGUGCACAUCUUGCUCUGCUUGUGGAUGCUAAGAAGAUGCAGAUGCAACUUGUUUAG